UUAUUUUCACAUGUGCUUAUCUGACUAGUUGAUGACGGUGUUUACAAUUGUUUUUGUACUCAACUAUUAAAAAAAGGCAUGUGUUUAAGUUGAGUUUUUCAUUUUUAGUUUUUUUCUUUUUCUUCUCUUCGUUUAUAUACAUUUUGUGUGUGACAUUUAUAUUCCAAGAAAACAGAUGGUUUCAGUCAAAUUUAUAAGAAUAUCAUGAAAGAGAUAAAUGUCGAAUUAUCUAAAAUCGGAAUUUUUUUUUUUUCUUCGGCCAACGUGACUUUUAAUAACAAACCGAACAAUUUAAAUAAAUGUAAAAUAAUCAGCUACCUAUAUAGAGGCAUAUUAAAGAAGUGAGAAAAACCGAAAGAUACUAACGACAGUAACAAAUGAGAAAAAGAUUAUCUUUGUGGCAAAAAAGCAAAAAAAAAACAAAGUUAAGCAUGCAAGCCGCACUCAAUUUCCUUUUUAUUCAAAACUGAUCAUUAUGCAAACAAAGGAAUGCUUAGUGCAGAAAACAUUUCGUGCCGGAACUUAAUUAUGUCGCCAACGAGGGCAAAUCUAGCGUAUAAGUUAUGCAUAUAGAGCAUAAUAUGCGAAAGGCAUGUAGAAAGCCAACAAAAGCGGAGAAUUACUGAGAACGAACAUGGCGACGAAUGAGUUACUAAUACAUGAAUCAUUCAUUACAUCAAACAAUGGAUUACUUAAGCCAACGAAAACCAGAAAUGACGGGAGUCAUCAGCAAUCUAACAAUUAUGAGAAACGAACAAGGGCACAUUUGCGGCUGUGAAAGGCCACCUAUAUACCGGAUAGUCUUCUCAUUCUCGACCCAUUCAUAAACAAUUAAGUUACGAGAGACGAGAAAUUUAUUUUUUAUAUCAGUUAUAUAAAAAUUAUACGAUAAAGACCUAUUACGGGUAUAAGGACAUACAUGCGUACAUUGAAACUUAAAAAUGAAUCAGUUGCGUGAAUUGUUCCAAUAAAUGAUAUCUAAAUGGUAUGAAUUGUUUUUUUGGCUUUUAUUAAGCCAGCGAAUAAAUCGUGAUCACUUGCGACGAUUAGGAACAAAUUCCUUCAUCUAAUUUCUGAAUCCGCGAGAUACUUCCAAACUCAUUAGAAAAGAAGACAGUUAAAAAGCGCUGGCUAGUGUGAAAAAAUACGUUCAAUAAAGAAUAAAAGAAUCAAAAUGCCAACGAUACGACGCUGUUGUAUAGUAGGAUGUAUGUCCAAUUCCCGUCAAAAUCCUCAGCUGCAAUUUUUCCAAUUUCCGAAACCGGAUAAUCCAUUUUAUAAGAUGUGGACCCAUGCUUGCCAUGCAUCAUUGAGUCGCAUAUUGCCUUUUAAAAAACCAGUUGUUUGCGCUUUACAUUUCCAUCCGCAUUGUAUAGGAGGCAGACGUUUAACGGGCAGCGCAGUGCCUACACUUAAAUUGGAAGUACCAUCAAAUUUGAAAGCAGUAGAACAACAGGCCAUGGUUGAAGAGAUCGAAAGGAGCCGCAAAUGUGCUUACAUCAAUGCUGUGGUAUACGAAUGGUUGGUGAGAGCUAAUCUCAAUCCUCAACUUCGUGGCUCGAUAACGCACGGUAUGAUUAAGGAGAAAGCGGAAACGGCCAAACAAAUUAUUGGUUGCGAUACUUUUACUGCAGACAAUCGAUGGCUAAACCGUUUUCGUGAAUCGCAUUUGACUGGAUUCGCUCAGAAAUUGGCUUCCAAUCAAUUAAAACCUAUGGGUCCUUCAUUAUGGAUACCGGAUAUUGUGCAAGAUUUACAACAUUUAUUUCCACCCACUAGUGCUGAGCGCAUUGAAAGUUUUGAAAAUGUACCCGAACAAUAUAUCAAUUAUAUGAAACAAUACGGCGAAUAUGAGGAAGAGGAGGAGGUAGAAGGGGAACAAAAAUAUAAUGAACAUGAGCAAAGCUAUCAACAACAGCAGCAACACCAACAUCAACAAACCUCCCAUAAUUAUUAUAAUCAACCAAGCGGUUACGAUCCAUAUGGACAGCAACACCAUCAUCAUCCAGGGCCGCCAACUGGUUAUAAUGCUUAUCAUGAAUACUACAGUCACCAACAGCAACAACAGCAUCAUCACCAUCAACAGCAACAUCAUCAACAUGCACACCACCUCAACAAUAGCUACGGUCAUAGUUAUCAUCAUACCCAAACAUCAAAUGUGCCACCUUCGCAUACACCGCCACAACCCCAGCCGACAUUACUCUCACACUCCCAAACUCCUCCGCUUAAUGAGACAUCACGACGUGCUAGUCCCUACCCUACCCAAAGCAAUAAUGUCAGCAAUCCGCCUAAAAGACGACGAACCAACGACACCGAGCCUAAUGAACAAAGCAAUGGGGCAAAUAGCCCGCCUUCUCUUAACGGUGUACGCAAUGAUCAAGAAAUUGAAGAUCUUACGGAUGGACCUGAAAACAAUGGUAACAAUGACCUAAACCACUCCAACAACACUAACACCGUCACCUCCGCAACAAACAGUAACAGUAACAACUAUCAGAAUGAAGACAGCCAAAAUUAUAAAGUGAAGCUUCCAUUACCGGCCACUAAUGGGUCGAGCACACCGAAAACAACACUAACCAAUGGCAGUAAUUCUGGUUCAAAUUCACCCAAGUCGACCACUAAUGAGGCAACAGCACACACAAAUGGCCACAGUUCAGCGUCACCGACACCCAGCACUUCCACGCAAAUUAAAGAAUUGGAGACAUAUGCUCAGGCCUUGGAAUAUCUGAAACCCUUGGAAGAUUUCGCUCUAUUUAAAGAGAAUUUCCGCGCGAUUGGCUUAAUAUCACAAUUAGAAGUGAUAUUACGUAAAGGAGAUCGUUCCGGCUUGCCAAAUUUAGCUGAAUAAUUGCUAAGUAAAUUACUACUAA